ACAGAGGAAUCCAACCAAACGUUCAAAGCAUCGUUUGUUGAUGGAGCAGAUUUAUGAAACCCUCACCUUUUCUGAAGUUAAAAACAGAGCAAAGCAUAAAGUUGUAAAAAGCAGACUUGGUAAGGUUGACUCUCAAAUUGACAAAAGUGACAGCUUGCAGCGGAAAGCUGGUUUAGUUGUCGACUUGUCUUCCAUUUCACCUCCAUUAACAGAUGACGACUGUGACAUACUCGCCGCGGUAAUGGUUAACACUGAGCUUGUCAGGCUUUCGUACAUAGAAACCUGGUCUUUUUGCCAUAAUCGCAUCUCUUCUCGUGGUGCGACGAAACUUUUGGUGACCAUUCGAAGCCUAGGCUUGAGCCAAUCAGUGGACUUCCGAGAUAAUCCCUUUAUCGAAUAUUUAGGUUGUCGCGAUAAGGUUUCCGCAAGUAUAGGUUUAGCACCUUGUCAAGGAGAUGAUUGUCCUGUAAAAAUUACCCAACACCAGGUAGUUACUUGUAAGGGCUGGCCCCAAGAGAACUCAGAAAUGAAAGCCUUGAUAUUAGAUAUGUGUCCCAUAUUCUCAGUGAGUAGUUGUAUGGUGCAAGUUAUUGGUAGAAUAGAGGCUCUGUCUUUGAGGAAUACUCGGUUUUCCAGUUUAUGGUGCCUUUUGGAAUGGUUACGUAGAACGCAACCUUGUAUUCUUUCUCUUCAGCGUUUGCCCUACAGGAAAAAGCAGCUUUUAGAAAGUGAAUCAGAUAGUUGUUCUUUGUUGAAUGCUUUAGAAACAAGCUCCUUUGGUGGUCGUGUAGCCCAAACAAGGGACCAAUUGGUUUAUGGACAACAAAGCUCUUCUGAAGUGUAUUUGCCACCAGAAAACGACAGAAUUCCUGGUUAUCCUCAGUUCUUUAGCUCUAGAAGAUUUGUAGAUAGCCUUGGUUUCCAGCGAGUUACGAGACGCUCUUAUUUGCGUGAUAGAGACUCCGUCAAUUUUGCCAGUACACAUGAAGAGUCGGCAAGUAGUCCUGUCGCGACAGAUUUAUCUACUGACAGAACUGAUUUUCAAAUUCUCACUUCAGAAGAAUCAUUUGAAACUCCCUCAGUAUCGUCAGCAAGCAUACCGAGUGAUCAGAAUUUGCCUUCAUCUGCUAGACUUCAUUCGUCACAGCAUCGUUUAACUGACAUAGGAGAAGAUUAUCUUGAAGGAAAUGAAUGUUCCUUGACAGAAUCAUCCUCCACAAAUUUUGGUCGAUCUUCGGAUAAUGUUUCAUCGAAUUAUUUUCAUUGGAGAAGAUAUUUUACUUUGAUACAGAAUACAGAAGCCGAAGACGAUUCAUUGCUUCGACAAACACCAAUUUGCGACAUUGCCACCCACUGCGAAUUCUUUAUUGCUCUUUGUCCCUUUUUGCAAGUGAUUAAUGAAAUGGAGAUAGAUGAAGAAGAUCGAAGAUACGCCCAAAAGGUUCUUCUCAAACAUUUUCAAAUUCUUGCUUACAAGGACGGUUACAACUUGAAUAUUUUAGAUAUUCUGUCAAAGCGACAGUUAAGUCUUAAAAGCAGACAAGUAUCGGGGGAUCAUCAUCUACCUGUUAGUAUGGAUGAAAAAGACAGGUUGUCUUGUUUUCCGAAUGAAAGGAAGCAACUUUAUAAUGGACAUUCAUCUCAUUUUGAGAAAUGCGUCUUAUCAGCCCUGACAACUUCACGAACUACGGUUCACUGCAGUCGUAUCUGCCAUGUGCCUUACAGAGCAAGGCAGUUUGAAUAUCAUCCUUUGAUUCCAGAACUCAUGGCAGUUGGAACAGUAGAUGGAGAAGUUCUGCUUUUAAAUCAUGAGAAACAGCUUUUGCUAGGAUGUUCAAGGAUUAAUAGUCGAGAGAAUGAAACUAUUUUAGCGCUUUGUUGGUUGCCGAAUUAUCCUGAAAAAUUGUUAAUUGGAAGUGACCACGGUACUAUUCAAUUACUCGAUAUUUCUUCUCGUGAUUCUCAAGGUGUUGAUUUUCAGUGUGUUCGAUCUUUUGAAAAUUUCGAGUUGCAAACUUCGUUGCACGCAAAUUGCACCAGCCAGUUCUUUCUUACCAGUGGUUAUUCUACGGACAUAGGAGUUUAUGAUAUUCGUACCGGUGUAAAAGUGCAAACUCUGAAAGAGUGUCAUUCAGAGCAUAUCAAUGUGACAAGAUUUUCGAAUCUGUCACCCUUUCUUUUUGCAACAUCAUCUUUCGAUCGAAGUAUUAAGCUAUUUGACAUUCGAGAACCUCCUAUAAAUGGAAAACAAAUGCCUAUAUUUGUGCGUUCUAGUCGCAUGGGUACUGUUAUGGUUUGUUUUUCUCCUGACGAUAGUUAUCUGUUAAGUUCUGCAAUUGAUAAUGAAGUGUAUCAGUAUACUGUAUCGGAUGGACGACUGCAUACUCAUUUUCCUAUACCUCAAACUCGUUCAAAUUAUAAUUAUACUCGUUCAUAUUAUAUGAAUGGAAAGGACUAUUUGAUAACAGGUUCUUGUGAGGAGAAAGUUGUUCGUAUAUAUUCUACGAUGAGUGGAAAAUUGUUCCGUGAAGUUGGGAUGAGCACUUCAUCAUCUUCGGAGAGAGGCAAUCAGUUUCACACUGUUCUUUCAAAGGAAUCUCCCUAUAUUCAAAGCUUGCGUGGAGAUCCAUUUCAGCCUUUUAGUUUUUCUGUAUUACUAUCACAUUGCAGACUUUCUAUCCCGGGUGAAAUUGUGAAAGUAGAAAUGCUGAAGACUUUUGAUGAGAAAUUGUUUGAUAGAGGUCUAAGUUGCAGAGGUGGUGCAUGAUCUUUCUAGUUUAUGAAAGAAUGGUAUUGAGUGGAAAUGGCACAUUUUCAGGUUUGAGGAAUAGAGAAACUGCUUUUUAUGCGUCUAGUUUGAAAACUUUUGUUGAGGACGGGAACAGAUAUUGAUAAUAGGAAAACUUCUUUUAACUUUUGCAAAUAAUUCUGUAUCGAAAAUUUCCUGUCUUCUAUAAGUUUAGCGAAUAUGGAGAGAAACUGAUGAAGGGAAAUCAAAAUUUUUUGCCACAGUUGUCACUUUUGACUUACAAAAGAUCUGUUUUUGUCUGGAUAAAGUGAGAACUUUUCCG